AUGGAAAACCAAGAAUACUAAGCUCUUUAAUUUUCUAAAAAACUAGAAUAUUUGUAAAGAGUUUUGGAAGAUUAAAAAGGACUCAGAACUAUAAAUAAAUUAGGAGGAUAGGGAGGAUUCGGUGUUGUACUAUUUGUGGAAGAUAAAAAUAAUCCUUCCUUAAAAUAUGCAGUGAAAGCAUAAAAUAUUUUAGACCAUAAUACUGGAAAAGUUGAUUAAAAUAUCUAAAAAAUGUGUGAAGAAGAAGCUGAAAUGAUGAGACAAUGUAAACAUAAAAAUGUUGUUGAGAUUCAUUCUGAUUAUAUAAUAGAUUUUUAUCACUUUAUUCAAAUGAAUCUAUGCAAGUGCUCAUUGAGUGAUUGGAUAGACAAUAACUAGUCCCCAAUCAACGACAUUCUAUUUUUACACUAUACCAAUCAGAUUAUUGACGGGUUAGAAUAUUUACAUAGUAAGCAAUAUGUUCUAAGAGAUCUCUCUAUCAGAAAUAUUUUAUUAACUACAGACGAAGUCAUUAAGCUAUGCGAUUUCGGUCUCGCAAAGAAAUAUGACGAAAUCCUAUAAAGCGAAAUUCUUUUAACAUAAAAUCCGAAGGGAGUUUUUUUUUAUUUCCCACCAGAAACAUAUGAAGAUAUAAAGAACAACAAAAAAUAAAUAAAGUAAACUAUGAAAGGAGAUAUAUGGGCGCUUGGGAUUUGCUUAUCCUUGUUAGGUGGUACUAAAAUUUUAGAGUUUUUAAAUGUGUAAAAUAAUAAUUUUUAAAUACCUACUAGUCAAAAAGUAAGUCAAAAAGCUAAUUAAUUAAUACAGUACAUACUAAAUAGAGACCCAUAGCAAAGACCUACGAUUAAAUAAAUUAGAGAGAAAAUGUGCAAGGUAUUUUUAAGUAAUCCUGAUCAUGAUUAAAGAGAAACCAAUACAUAGAAUGAAGAUGUUUUAAAAUCUAUGGCCAUGAAUAAUAAGAGUAAAGUUGGCAUUUCAAAUAUAUCAACUUAAUAGAAUACUAUAGAUUCUACUUCAUCACUUAAAAUAUAGAGACUAAUCGAUUUUGAUUUUGAUUAAUGUGAAAAACUUUAUUAAAAAUAUUCUAAAUUUGAAAAUUAAUUUUAGAUAAACAUUGAUUUUUUACUUACACUUGGAUUUUUAGAGGCAAAAUAUAAAUCCAACUACUAAAAAGCAUAGUAAAUAUUUGAAAGGGUACUAGAAUUAGAUGAGAAUGAAACAGAUGCCUUAAUCGGACUAUGUCAUUGUUUUAUGCAAUAAAGGCUCUAUAAGGAAUAUCACAAGUUGCUUUAAUAUUCCAAUAUUUGUUUAAAUAAAGAUCCCAAUAACUGGAGAGCAUAAUAUUAUAAAGCAUAUUAUUUUUAUGAUUAUAUGAUUGAUCAUAAAGCUUUAGAAAUUUUGGAGAAAAUUUAGCUAGAAAAAACUGAGUGUUGUGAAGCUUUAUCUCUAAAGUUACUUAUACUUCUUAACAUAAAAAUAAAAGAAGACGAGAAAGAUAUUAUUAAUAAGAUUAUAGCUCUAAAUAAGAAUAAUAAUCCUAUUGUAUUUUUUAGAAUAGGUUUUUAUUAUUAAAAUAGAUAUGAAUAAUAAAAAUCACUACAUUAUCUUAACAAAUGUUUAAAUUAUACUCAAAAUGAAUUAACUGUUUUGGUUUACUCGGCUUAUGUUCAAAAGUACAAUGAAUAGGAAGUUGAGAAAUUAAUUUCAAAGGCUGAGUAAUUAUAUCCUUAAAGUGCUUACCUUUUUAGAUUUAAAUCUAUUUUAAGUUAUAAUGAAUAAACAUAAUUAAAUUUUAUAAAUAAAUCUAUUGAGCUAGAUCCUUGUGAUAUACUUUCAAUAAUAAAUAAAGCAGACAUUUUAAAAAGCUAAGAAGAGUAUUAAAAAUCUAUUGAAUGUUAUGAAAAUAUAAUUUUAAUAAAUCCUGAUUGCUUUUGGGUUUUAUAUGAUAUAGCUAAGAUAUAUAAAUAUGAAUUAAAUCAAAAAGAAAAAGCAAUUGAUCUAAUAAAAAAAUGUAUCAAUGAAGAUCCUCAUUGUAUGGAUUAUUAUUAUGAAUUAAGUGAAUUGUACAAAAAUUCAAGCUACUACCAAGAUUUUGAGAAAAUAAUCUAAGAUAAUAUCGAAAAAUCUAAUUAAAAACUUAUUUUAAUCGGGCUGCUUGCAGAGGUGUAAUUGAGUAACAAAGAUUAUGAUAAAUUUAUAUAAUAUAUUAACUAAGCUAUUUAAAUUGAUCCAAAUGAUACCUAGUCUUUGAAAAUGUAUGGUGACUAUUUCAAAGAUAUAAAAAAUGAUUUUAAGAAGGCAAAAUAUUACUAUGAAAAAGUAUUAGAAUUAAAUCCUAAAGAUUAAAAUAUUUAUUUUAAUUUAGGAUGGGUUGAAGAAGAUUAAGAAAAAAAAUUAAAAUAUUAUAAAAAAGAUUUAGAAUUUUACCCAGAAAGUGAUUAAACACUUAAUAACUUAGGAGCAAUUUAUGAAUAUUAAUAUAAAUAUGAUGAGGCUCUUAAACUAUAUUAAUAGGCCUUUUAAAAAGAUAAUUCAAGUAUUCUUUAUUCUUCAAAUAUAUAAAAUAUGCUUUAUUAAUUACAACUUGAUAACUAAGCUCUAGAAUAAUGUGACAUUACUCUUAAAUUAGACUUGAAGCAUUUUGGAUCAUACGCAAUAAAAGGAAAAAUAUACAGUAUAAGAAAAGAACAUGAGGAAGCAAUUAAAAAUUUUGAAAAGGCAUUAGAAUGUGAUUAAAGCUAAACAUAUUUAUAUGAAGAACUGGCAAAUUAGUAUCUUUAAUUAAAAAUAAAAGAUAAAGCCUUAGAAUGCUAUUAAAAUUUUAUUUAAGCUUACCCUUAUAAUCCUUAAGCUCUAUAUAUGAUAGGAUUCUUACUGGUUUCUCUUAGUGAAGAUAAUAUAAAUAAAGCAGUAAGCUACUUUGAAAAAUCUAUUAGAGUUUAGCCUACAAAUAAUUCAAAAGCUUACAAAGAAUUAGGACUCCUUUAAAUAAAAUAAAAAUAAUAUCAUUUUGCAAAAUAAAAUCUAAUUAAAGCUAUAUAGUAAGAUUAAUCAAAUAUUUAUUUGUACAUAGAAUUAUCAAGGAAUGAAGAAAAUAAUUUAAAAAAUCUAAAUUAAGCUAUCUAAUAUUUAGAGGAAUAUCUUAAGCAUUAAUAUAAUGAAAAUGAAACACUUAAUUUAAUUUAGUUGUACACCAAAAAUAAGGAAUAUUUAAAGUCUAGAUAGCUCAUAAAAAAAUUUAUAUUGGAUAGUCCAGAAAAUGAUGAAGUUUACUUUUUAUAUGGAAAUCUAGAAUUUUAGGAAAGUAAUUAUUUCGAAUCAAUUGUUUAAUAUAAAAAAUCCUUUUCACUAAAUGAUGGUUCUUAUAUUUCUGUUUUUAAAAUAGGAUUAGCCUAUUAAAAUAUGGAAAAAUAUUAAAAAGCUGUUGAAUAUUACCUUAAAUAUAAUAAACUAGAAAAAAGAUGUGGACAUGGAUACUUUUUAAUAGGAAAAAUCCAGUUAUAUAACUUUAAUAAACCAAAAUAAGCUAUAUAGUAUUUUAAAAAGUCUUACGAACUCUAAGUACUUCCAAAUAACUCUUUUAACUAAAAUGAUUGUUUUUAUCAUAUCGGAAAAUGUUUUGUUACUUUAGGUUAUGUUUCAGAAGCAGUGGGUUAAUUUACAAAAUAUCUUCAAGAUAAGCCAACUGAAGAUGUUAAGUACUGCCAAAAUUAUAUUAGCUAGUAUUAAAAUCACCCCAAAAAAUUCUAUAAGCAUUAGCCUUUAAAUGACUCCAAAUCCAAUUGUAGUUGUAAUAUAUUUUGA